AUGGUGGAGAAUCGCGUGUUUCAGUCGCGAAAAACGCUGAUUCCGGUCGCCGAAUCGCGCAAGAAGUCGCCGACGUUCCAGGCACGACUCGACGGUAAUCGUUGGAAUGCCGCAUGCAAAGUCGCGGAACAACACAAUCAGGAAGUGAAAAACUUGAUCGAUUUGAUCGAAUUUCCCCCAGAGCUUGCGAUUAUCAUGGAGAAUAUUGUUGGAGGGAUUCUUGUGUGCGAAUCUCUUGAAUGCGCCAAAAGCAUUGCUUAUCAUCCGCAGAUCCGUACUCGUGUUGUUACAAUUCGCGGUGAUGACGUCAAACCGAAUGGAGUCAUGUCUGGAGGUCAUGCUGAUCGAUCUGAUGGAGACGUCUUCGAGCUGUUCCGGCCAUUCUAUGAUUGGCGUCAGCAAAUGAAGAAGAAGAGUGAUGAGCUUGACAAGGUUGAAGCAGAACUUGAGAAGACCACAGGUGUUUCGAAGAAAUAUUAUGAGCUCAAGGAGAGACUUGUAUUGGCGAAGAAGAAGCUUAAUGCGAUCAAUGAGAACAUUAAGAAUUCCGAGCUUGGAAUCAUUCAGACUGAACUCGCAACGACCACCAAGGAACUUGAUGAUGUCACUAAUGAGAUAGAUGAGAAGAAGAAGCGACUCGCUGAGCUAACUGAGAUUGUCAAAAAUUUGGAAGCUCGAAAGAAGAAUGAUAAGAACUUCCAAGAACGCGAAAAGAAACGGUUGCGUGACAAACUUGAGGAGAUCGAAGCGCGUUCGAACAAAAAUAAAGAGGAUCGAGAGAAUGCGAGACGCAAUAUUCUCGCUAAACGCGCCGAAGUUGAAGAACUCACUGAGCAAAUAAAGAAUGAGAUUGCGAAUAUUGGCAGUAGAAAUGAGGAGCUCGAGCAAAAGAAGCAGAAACUUGAAGAGGUCCAACAGAAGGUCGAUGAGGCUUUGGGACGUGAGAAGGUGGUCCGUGUCAAAUUGGAUGAGCUGAAAAAGAAAAUCCGCGCGCAGGACGAUGAGAUGAAAAAGGUGAUGAAGAAAGUCGACAGUUGCAAACGCGAGAAACUCAAGAUUACAUCAAUCAUUGAGAAUCUCGAAAAGGAGGUGAUGAGAUAUACCGAAGGCGAGAAGGCGUGUCGUGCAUUGGCAGCGAAACAGAAAAAGAAAUGCGAAUGGAUUGCGCAGGAGGAGCAUCAUUUUGGCAAACCGAAUACUGAUUAUGACUUCGAUAGCUACUCGGAAGAGCGCGGAAUCCAACAAAUCAAGGAAAUCAGUGAAUCAAUCGAAUCGCUCGAACGUAAAAUCAAAACAAAAGUACCGUACCAGUCUGAGCAAGUUGAGUCCAAGCUCACCGAUCUGGGAAGAAAGAAAGAUGUUGUACGCGCCGAUCGCACGAGUAUCUUGACAACGAUUACGGCGCUCGACGUGAAAAAAGAGGACGAGAUAGAAAGGGCGUACAACUCCGUCAAUCGAGAUUUUGGAAAUAUUUUCUCGACACUUCUCCCUGGAGCUCAUGCGAAACUUGUACCGGUUGAGGGUAAAGAGCUUCAUGAUGGUGUUGAGGUCAAGGUUUCGUUCAACGGCCAGGUCAAAGAAAGUCUUCAGGAGCUUUCUGGAGGACAAAGAUCGUUGGUAGCUCUCUCGUUGAUUCUUGCGAUGCUCAAAUUCAAACCGGCUCCGCUCUAUAUUCUCGAUGAGGUUGACGCCGCUCUCGAUUUGUCGCAUACUGCGAAUAUUGGAAAAAUGAUCAAGAAGCAUUUUACCAACAGUCAAUUUAUCGUUGUUUCACUGAAGGAAGGUAUGUUCAGCAAUGCUGAUGUCCUCUUCCAAACAAAAUUCAUCGAUGGAAGCUCGACUGUGACUCGCACUGUGAACAGAAAACUAAACUAG